AUACCAGUAGUCUUCCAUUCAACCCCCCCACCUGCCCUCGCUGUUUCCUGAACCCAGCAUCCACGCCGUUAGCCCUAGAGAACCAUUCACCGCCUUGUUCGGAGUUCGGACACUAGCAGGAGUUUGCAUUACCAAUCAGCCUGGUUGCUCUGUUCCCACUACUCGAGUAUUAAGGCGGAGUCAACGCCAUACCCAGUACUAGUACUCUGGUAUACUACUCGUAACUUGCUUAUUGGAUAGUCUACUGCUCAAGCACCCCAUCUUGAGUUCUCGGCUAUGACGCAACCAAAACUAUCCCCUACGGUCAUUCGACAACUCAUCAUACUCUGUUCGUCUAAUAAUGUCGUGAUCAAAUGGAAGAGUAAGCUUGGCUAACUUCCGAUAGCAACGUGUCGGCUCGCGGAACCUGUUUCCCUGACCUCUGUCUCUCCUUACUUGGUGAGUCUUUUCGAGUCUAUUAUUUUGAGAAUGGGUCGAGCGGGAGAUGCUAAUUCAUGUUCGGACCAGUAUUACAUGGUUAAAUCCUUUGGGAUCCCCAACAAGGAUGUACCGUUUUAUGUCGGAAUAACUUUUGCCUGUUUCUCUCUUGCCCAGUUCGUAACGGGGGUAUUUUGGGGACGGGUUAGUGACAGGUUUGGCAGGAAGCCGACAAUGCUGCUGGGACUGGCUGGAUCGCUCUUGUUUAUCUUGGUUUUUGGGUUCUCUACCACUCUUCCAAUGGCUAUACUUGCCAGGUGCUUUUCAGGGCUUGUGAAUGGGAAUGUGUGAUUCGCCACCCUGGCCCGCAUAAUUGCAUAUAUGGAAUCUGACAACGUGUGCAGGUUGGAAUAUUGAGGACUAUGGUGGCAGAGAUGGUUCCGCAAAGGGAGGUGGGUCAUUAAAUUCAACCUGGAACCGGUACCUAAAUCAUUCUGACUUUGUAGCUUCAACCUCGUGCCUUUUCAAUCAUGCCGAUGAUUGUAAGUUUGUCCUCCAAACCUACUUGGGCCUUACUAACAGAAUGCAGUGGACCAUGGGAUCAAUUAUCGGACCCUCUAUUGGGGGUUUUCUUGCUGAUCCGGUAACUAACCACCCAAAUUGGUUUAAGGGAGAACCGCCGGCUUUGCUUAAGAAAUUUCCGUUCUGUCUGCCAAACUUAGUCAACGCUGCAAUUUUUGUUUGUGGUUUGUUUACCGGAACUCUCUUCCUCAAAGUAUACCCCACGAUUCCGUCAUUUUUGAUGUUGGAGCCUAAUCCCUCUGGUAUAGGAAACCCUUGAAACGAAGAGGAACGCACCUGAUCGUGGCCGCCAAAUCGGGGAGAGGUUAGUAGGGUUCUUCUGCUUGAAGUCACGGCGCCAUGGAGACGUGCCGGACGAGACCACUUCUCUCUUUGCCGAUUCCUCCUCUUCGAGGAUUGAUGAGGAAGUGAAUUUUCCACCGGAGGUCAUUAAGGAUUCUGGGCCACCGCCACUAAUGCAGGCAUUUACCUUUCAGUCGACAGUUAAUAUUGUUAUGUAUUGCUUACUGAGUCUGCACGCCGUUACCUUUGACCAGCUACUUCCCGUAUUGAUGUCGUACCCGCGGGAUGGUACCCCUAGGCAAGGCUUCAGGUUCGCUGGAGGGUUUGGCAUGCCAAGUUCUACCAUCGGCUUAUACUAUAGCAUUUACGGUGUUGUCGGUAUUGUUCUACAAGUAAGAACAUCACCCCUCCCUCUUCAGUAGCCAUCCUAGGAGCUGGCAAAGUUGACUCGUCUAGUUCCUUAUCUUCCCCUCUGUAGUCGGCGCUCUUGGCCCCGUGCGAACCCUCAAGUGCUUUAAUCUAGUCUUCAUGGUACUCUACAUCCUCGUACCAUUUACCCUCCUCCUCCCACGUGCCCAACAACAUUCAGCGCUCUUCCUCUGCAUUUUUGUGAAGGGUGUAUCAGCCAUUUUCUCCUUUCCUUGCAGCACUAUACUGCUUACAAACUCUAGCCCUAGUUUGAGGAUUUUGGGCACCCUCAACGGAAUUGCUGUUGCAUUGGCUGCGCUUUCGAAGGGCAUGGGGCCUGCUGUGAGUGAUCCCUUUGCCCGGAAAUUUGAAGAGUAUGGCUGACGCUACUGACAACAGCUCGGAGGUCUGGUGUUCACUCUUGGCCAGAAAACACGGUACGGGAUCCUCCCCUGGUGCCUUUUGUCGGGAAUAACCGCCCUCGGUAUCCUGCCGUUGGCUUUUCUAGCUGAAGGCGAGGGUUCCCCGGAUAAGCUCGUGCGAGAAGCUGAAGACGAUGAGGUUGGCCCUCUCGUUAAAUGACUUGGCUCGUGAGUAAAUAUUCAAGCGGACAUCAACACCUCUAUUACAGUAAAUUUUAUUCGCCUCCUAUAUCUGGUUAACGCUGCUCAUUUUAAUCAAUACGUGAUGCAGAAUGUACUUAUCAAACUGAAUAUAACCGAAAUUCUCUGCUAAGAAGCUCUGCGUUCUAUCAGACCGCAGACCAAUUCACCUGGCUCACAUUUAUCAAGGUUGUGAAAAGCUAUCGUGUCUGGGGAUCAAGGAUUAACAUACCUCCACCUGUGCCCCCCUAGAAUGCUCACAUGAACACUUGGAAUUUCAACAAAUAAGUGCAGAAUCGUACUCAUCGGCUCGAAAUUAAUGCACACCUGGUUUACCCACAGCGCCCUAUCGUCGCUAUACGGUAUGAGCAGAUAUUGAUGGUGCGACCAACGGGGUGUGGCGUUGGUGCUUCUUGGUGAUAUGAAUCUGGGUAAUUACUCUGGUGCAUCUCAAUAUCCCUGGUCCUCUGCGCUAUAUACAUUCUGAUCACAGGGAGUAUUUUUCCUUCUAAGGACUAUGUUGUCCUUAGGUCAUAUCUGUAGGAUUGGUUCUCCUUUCGUUAACCGUGCUAUGCCCCGGAGGUCAUCUUUCUUGUGGGCUGGAGUUCUCGGCCAUUGUCUCUCUGUCCUCUUUGCCGUCCACAGUCGCCCCGGGGGCCAUAAUUCUUGAACGGGCCAUCCUGAGCUAAGUGAAAUAGAUUUGACUAUCUUGCAGUAGGGACUGGAACGGAUCUCAACGGUAUAGACAUGGUACAUGGGAGUGUACCAUACCAAAUAUCCUGUAUCGUGACUGGACAGGAUGUGACGGGGGGCGGGGUGGAUUGUGGGGGUGACGGCCCCGGAUCAGGCAAAAGGGGGUUUCUGUUGACAUUUCUGAUUCAUUUUAUAUGUAUAUUUCAUUGAUCAAUAGUGUAUGUUCUCUCACACCCGGUUAGUGUUUUGGUUACCUAUACACGAUAUUAAUUGCUAUCAUACAGCUAGGAUAUUUUUUACUAGUAUGUUAUUAUAUUAAUAUUUCAUAU